AUGGCGACUGUAGCGAACGGCGGCGGCGUGGGCAAGCUGGCGGCCGAGGAGACGGCGCUGCUGGUGUGCGAUGUUCAGGAGAGGUUCCGCCCCGUCAUCACCGGCUUCCCCGCCGUCAUUGACACCAGCAAGCGCAUGCUGCGUGCGGCGGCCGCCCUGCAGCUGCCCGUCAUCGUCACCGAGCAGUACCCCAAGGCGCUGGGCAACACGGUGGAGGAGCUCAGGGAGUUCAUCCCGCAGGGCGCGCCAGUGGUGGCCAAGACGCUUUUCAGCAUGUGCACAGAGGAGGUGAACGCGGCCUUUCAGGCGCUGCCCGGGGUGAAGAAGGUGCUGAUUGUGGGCAUAGAGACGCACGUGUGCGUGCUGCAGACCUCGCUGGACCUGCUAGAGCGAGGGUACGAGGUGCAUGUGCUGGUGGAUGGUGUCAGCAGCCAGCGCCUGGGUGACCGCUCUGUGGCGCUGCAGCGCCUGGCGCAGUCGGGCGCCUUCCUGGCCACCUCGGAGAUGGUGUGCUUCCAGAUGAUGAAGAACACCAGCCACCCAGCCUUUAAAGCCAUCAGCGCUCUGGCCAAGGAGGCGCGCCCGGAGCAGCUGCCCGCAGCCUGA